AUGCUUAACAUUCAGCAUUGUACAUCACUUAUAAAUAUUACUUCUUCUUUUACUCGCCUUGCUUUCUUUUUUUUAAGCUUUUCGUGUGGACUGAUCAGACAGAAGGAAGUGUACAAUAAAGAAUUUGUAUUUUUGAAUCUGUUGAUAUCUAUCUUUGUUCAUAUCUAUAUCUAUCUAUUCGUAUUCAUAUAUCUCUGUUCAUAUCUCUGUUCGUAUCUAUCUCUGUUCAUAUAUCUGUUCGUAUCUAUCUAUCUAUCUCUGUUCGUAUCUAUCUAUCUAUCUCUGUUCAUAUCUAUCUACAUAUCUCUGUUCGUAUCUCUCUAUCUCUGUUCAUAUCUAUCUAUCUAUCUCUGUUCAUAUCUCUGUUCGUAUCUAUCUAUCUCUGUUCGUAUCUAUCUCUGUUCGUAUUUAUCUAUCUAUCUCUGUUCGUAUCUAUCUAUCUGUUCGUAUCUAUAUCUAUCUAUCUAUCUCUGUUCGUAUCUAUCUAUCUAUCUAUCUAUCUCUGUUCGUAUCUAUCUAUCUAUCUAUCUAUCUCUGUUCAUAUCUAUCUAUCUAUCUCUGUUCAUAUCUAUCUAUCUAUAUAUCUAUCCAAAUCUGUUCAUAUCUAUUAUAUAA